AUGGAUCCUUUCGAAGUAAGGAUGCAAUUUAUUGAACUGCUUCGUCGACUGAAUGCCUCGCAGCAGUCGAUACAGAAAGUCGUGGGCUUUGCCGUGAAGCACUUUCCCCCAUGCGGUGAAGACAUCUGGGACUGCAUUGUCGAGGAAACAGCCAAGGGCUCUAUCAACUCCCGAAUCAAUAUCCUAUACUUCCUCGACUCACUCUGUGAGACGUCCCUGCUAGUCAAGUCCCAUGCAAGGUCAGAGCGAUCGCGAUUGGCCAACGCCAACGGCCUGUAUGUUCACUUCGUCGCGAGAGACCUGAAUCGAAUCGUCGAGUCGAUUGUUCCAGAAGGCAGACAGGGCAUUCCAAACCUCCUCACUCGCAGCCCCCAGAUUCUCGAGAACUGGAGAAACAAACGCUACAUCGACCCUCAAAAGAUUGACGAUGUUUUAACCUCACUGGAUUCCCGCCCCAACGCCGGCUCCUCCGAGAAUGGAGGCCCUGAAGCACCCUCAACUUCAAAGCACUCUGCACCUCAUGAGACAUUGCCGCGCAACGAAGUGAACAAACGCAUAGAGCAGGACCGCGAGCGUCAUAAGCGGCUUCGAGAGCGACGAUGGGUACAACCAACGUCACACAACCCAGCAACAUUCCAAGCCCCGCAGUUGGCGUGUUUCUAUCCACUGGAUGAUGCCGUCGAUGGUCAGGAAGAGCUGGCUCUGGACAUCGAGUUUGAGAACGAGUGGGAGGCUACGAGUGAUUGGAAUGAGGAUGACGAGGAUGCGGUUGGAGAGGAGGCUCAGUUGGCUUUUCCUAGUGAGGACGACAAGAUUGGUGGGUUAAAAUGA